GCAGCGACGUGACAGCAGCUGCCCGGGGAAGCCACGCGAUGCCCGGCCGCAAGCCAGGCGAGGGCAGGCCGGGUCCGUGCGGCAGCGAGCACAGCGGAGGGGACACUGACAGCCACGAUGCUGCUGCUGAGAGCGGGGUCAGCAGGAGCCCUGGUGAGACCUGCAUCCUUCUGCAUGCUUCAGAGGAGGAGGAGGAGGAUGCCAACAGCUACGACUCUGAUGAAGGCACUACACUGGGAGCACUGGAGUUCAGCCUGCUCUACGACCAGGAGAACAGCUCCCUGCACUGCACCCUCAUCAAGGCCAAAGGCUUGAAGCCAAUGGACUCAAAUGGCCUGGCAGAUCCCUAUGUCAAACUGCACCUCCUGCCUGGAGCCAGCAAGUCAAAUAAGCUGAGGACGAAGACACUGCGCAACACCCGUAACCCCGUGUGGAAUGAGACCCUGGUGUACCACGGCAUCACCGAUGAGGACAUGCAGAGGAAAACCCUCAGGAUCUCUGUGUGUGAUGAAGACAAAUUUGGCCACAACGAGUUUAUUGGAGAAACUAGAGUCUCCUUGAAAAAACUCAAAGCCAAUCAGAAAAAGAACUUCAACAUCUGCUUGGAGAGAGUAAUACCAAUGAAGCGUGCUGGAACAACUGGCUCAGCCCGUGGCAUGGCACUCUAUGAAGAGGAGGUAGAUCGUGGUGGGGAUAUAGAGGAACGUGGGAAGAUCCUCGUGUCCCUCAUGUACAGCACCCAGCAGGGUGGCUUGAUCGUCGGCAUCGUACGCUGCGUGCAUUUAGCCGCCAUGGACGCCAACGGAUACUCCGACCCUUUCGUUAAACUUUGGCUGAAACCUGACAUGGGAAAAAAGGCCAAGCACAAGACACAGAUUAAGAAGAAAACAUUGAAUCCUGAGUUUAAUGAGGAGUUCUUCUAUGAUAUAAAACACAGCGAUCUGGCCAAGAAGUCUCUGGAUAUUUCUGUCUGGGAUUAUGACAUCGGAAAAUCGAAUGAUUACAUCGGCGGCUGUCAGCUCGGCAUUACGGCGAAGGGGGAGCGCUUGAAACACUGGUAUGAAUGCUUGAAGAACAAGGACAAGAAGAUUGAACGCUGGCACACCCUCCAAAAUGAGAACCACGUUGCCAGUG